AUAGCUCUUACCAUCUUAUCCUCUUUGAUAUCAAUUCCCUGGCCAGCUAUUUAUCCCUGCAAUGGAUGUCUCUCUGAGAACCAUUUUUCCUUUUUUCGCAACUUUGCUUCUCCUGCAAACUCUAUCUUCUGCUACGACUUGCAGCGACUGCUUCAUUAGUUCCAAAGCAGCUUAUUACCCAGAUUCUGACGUCCAAGGAACAGAAAUCGGUGCAUGUGGGUUUGGUUCCUUUGGAGCAACGAUUAACGGUGGAGAUGUAUCUGCUGCAUCUGAACUCUAUCGAAACGGUGUCGGCUGUGGUGCAUGCUACCAGGUAAGGUGCACCGAUAAAUACUAUUGCACAGACAAAGGAGUGAAUGUUGUUAUAACUGACCAAGGCUCAGGUCCUCAAACUGAUUUCAUUCUUACUAGACGAGCCUUUUCUCGCAUGGCCCAAACCACAGAUGCAGGUGCAUCUCUGCUAGCCCGUGGCGUGGUUGAUAUUGAAUACAGACGUGUUUCAUGCAGCUAUCCGAACAAAAAUAUCACGAUCAAGAUUGAUGAGAACAGCACCUAUCCUCAUUAUUUGGCUUUUGUGAUAAGGUAUCAACAAGGCAAGAAGGAUAUCACUGCUGUGCAGCUAUGUGAGACACAAAAUUUUAAGUGCAAACUCUUAGAUAGAAGCUAUGGAGCGGUGUGGACAACUACUUCUCCGCCUAGUGGUCCCUUGACGCUAAGGAUGUUAUUCAGCGACGAUGAUGAUGAAACAUGGGUUAUUCCUGUCAAUAACAUACCACAAGACUGGAAGCAUGGGGAAACAUAUGACACAGGAGUACAAGUGAACUAAUAGGCUCAUGCACCACCAGAUUGUAUAACUCAUUUGUCCUGGUUAACCACUGAACCAAGACCUAGUGAUUUCACACACAUAGAUAUGUAUUCCCUUUUAUUUGCUAAUUAUCUUAUUCUUAUUGGCUUUGAAUAAGAGACGUUCUUCAAUAGUUCAAUGUAAUCAUUGUGACGUUGACUCGAAAUUGCUAGUUAAAUAACAAAGAAUUGAAACUUUACUCAUUUAAAGCA